AUGAAUCUCUUCUCUUCCAUAUUUAGCUAUUUGCUACUGCACUUGUUUGCUUUCUGCUUGCAGGCACAGGUAACUGUUCAGUCCCCACCUAAUUUUACACAGCAUGUGAGGGAGCAGAGCCUGGUGACCGACCAACUAAGUCGGCGACUCGUCCGGACCUAUCAGCUGUACAGUCGGACCAGUGGGAAGCACGUGCAAAUCCUGGACAACAAGAAAAUCAAUGCCAUGGCAGAGGAUGGAGAUGCUCACGCCAAGCUCAUAGUGGAGACAGACACAUUUGGGAGCCGAGUGAGAAUCAAGGGGGCAGAGACAGGCUUCUAUAUCUGCAUGAACAAGAAAGGAAAGCUGAUUGGCAAGAGCAAUGGCAAAGGAAAAGACUGUGUCUUCACUGAGAUUGUGCUGGAGAACAACUACACGGCACUGCAAAAUGCCAAGUAUGAAGGCUGGUACAUGGCCUUCACCCGAAAGGGGCGUCCCCGCAAGGGUUCCAAGACUCGUCAACAUCAGCGUGAGGUCCACUUCAUGAAGAGGCUGCCCAAGGGCCACCAAACAACAGAACCUCACAGACGCUUCGAAUUUCUCAAUUACCCUUUCAACCGGAGGAGUAAAAGGACUCGGAACUCCAGCCCCAAGCCAACUCCCUGA